GACCAUGCUUCUCUUGUGGGGGCUGUGGUGGGCGGUAACUUAGGGAGGGGUCAGAGUUCCAGGACCAUGAGGGAAUGCCUAACAUGUCAUGAAGGUGAAUUAUGACCAUCGGGGUUCAGACCUCAGCUCAACUGGAUACUAGCCUGCAAUUUCCCACAGUGACAUCCUCAUUGAGUCCUGUUCCUUGUGACACCCUUGAAGACCCUCUCCAUUAGUUACUCCCUAAUUUCACAGAGAGACCUGGAUUCCUUCUCCUGCUGUCAGAUCCUCUUUCAGCUAAAACAUCUGGGAUUGAGAGGUGUGGUUUUACUGGAUUUUGAUCUUAUGGCUCUGAGGUGUCUCCUCAUGAAAGUGAACCAAUCAGGAUGGCAGUUCAUGGCCCACCCCAAUUCCUGGAGCUGAUAAGGAAGAAGGCACUGAAGUAUGAGACCUUGGUUGUCUCUGGAGAAAUUGCUCAUUGAUCUUCUCCCAGCACUGUUCGAGGAGGCUUUCACUGAUAGAUUCACUAAGGUUGUGAAGGCUAUGGUGUCAGCAUGGCCUUCCAUCUACUUUCCUGUGGUGCCUUGAUAUACAGGCUCCAGAAGGCAAUAUUUCAGGCUUUGCUGGGUGGAUUAUAUGUCCUAUUUACACAUGAAUUUCAACUCAGGAGGUGGAAACUUUGAGUACCCGAUAUGCAGAAUGAGCAUCAUGAUGUUUGGGAUGUAUGGGCUGGAAUUGCUGGUGCUUGCUGCUCAGGAGAGACCAAGAUCCAGAAGUAGGUAGAAGAGCCUGAGCUGGAAGCUGUACCAAAUCCCGCUGUGAAGGAUCCUUCUGAUUGGAGACCUUAAGAAGAUGAAUGUUCAUACCCCACCCACACUCCAGAAGCUGGCAAUUCAGACUCUGGUGAGAGAGGAGGCUCUAGGCAUGUCUGAUCUGGAGGAGAUGGCCCAUGGACUCUUCCCAGCACUUUUCAAGGAGGCCAUUGAUGGCAGAUAUAUCAAGCUCAUAAAGGCAUUGGUGAUAGCCUGGCCUUUCCACUGUCUCCCUGUGGGGGCAUUGAUGAGGACUACUGACCUGGAAACAUUGCAGGCUGUGCUAGAUGGAGUAGACAUUCGUCGAACCAUAGGGUUUCACCCCAGGAGGAAAAAACUACAGUAUCUCGACCUGAGGAAUGUGCACCAUAGCUUCUGGAACAUAUGGACUGAUUCAGAGGACAGUGACUAUUCAGCAGAGAUCUUGGAUGAAAAGAAAGCCCUGCAGGUCCGUCCCAGAUAUGCACUGAGGCAGCGUCUGAAGGUCACAGUUGACCUGUGCAUCAGGUCCUGCCUUGAUGAAGCACAAACAUGGUUCUUGAAGUGGGCCCAGGAGAGAAAGGGCUCCCUAUAUUUCUGCUGUACAAAGAUGAAAAUCUGGACUCUGCCAGUAAAAGCUCUCAGACAUAUCUUCCACAUUUUUGAUCCAGAGCACAUCAUGGAGUUAGAACUAAACACUGAAUGGACUCUGUUAGAGUUGACACAUUUUGCCCCCUAUUUUGGGCAGAUGAGAAAUCUUUGCAAAGUAUUCCUGGCACCCCUCCACAAAAUCGACUUCCAUUUACCCAAUAGAACAAGAGUCACCGAAGUCAAGUGUAUCAACAAGUUUGCUUCUCAGUUCUCCAAAUUCAACUGUCUGCAGCAUCUUUUCAUGUUCUGCGUCCAUUUUCUCAGAUCCCAGAUGAAUCAGGUCCUAGGGUGCUUGAUGACACCCUUGAAGACCUUCUCCAUUACUUACUCCCUGAUUUCACAGAGAGAUUUGGAUUCCUUUGCCUGCUGUCAGAGCCUCUUUCAGCUAAAACAUCUGGAAUUGAGAGGUGUGGUCUUACUGGAUUUGGAUCUUAUGCCUCUGAGAGGUCUCCUCAUGAAAGUGGCAGGCACUCUUGAGACUCUGGAUUUGCAGGGGUGUAGGAUGAAGGACUCCCAGCUCAGUGUCCUCCUACCUGCAUUCAAACAAUGCUCUCAGAUCUCCAAUAUCAACUUCUACAACAAUGAAUUCUCCAUGCCCUUCCUGAAGGACCUUUUGCAGCACACAGCCAACUGGAGCAAGAUGAAUGUGGAACAAUACCCUGCCCCUCUGGAGUGCUAUGAUGAAUUUGCUCAAGUCUCUGUAGAAAGAUUUGUGCGACUUUGUCAGGAUCUCAUGGAUACACUGAGGGCAAUAAGGCAGCCCAAGAACACCUCCUUUGCUACAGAUAUCUGCCACACAUGUGGGGAGCGCUGGGUCUUUGACCAGGUGGCCAACCUUUGUCGUUGCUGGCAGUAAAAUGGGAACAUUCUGGAUUUGAAUAAAAAUAAGGUUUGGGACACAUGUCUUACCAAAAAAAAUGUAUUUUCCAUCUUCAGUUGUAAUAAAAAGAACAGAGAAAAAAAUCUCACUCAGCCUAGUCAUUAUACCCCCUUUCUGUAAACUAUCAAUAAAAUAAUUUGUUACUCUGUAUUUAUUGAAAACUUAGAACAUGAUUUCUUUGUUUAAACAUCAUUGUUAUUGUCUGAAUUGAAUAAAGCAUCUAAAUUAAAAGACUA